CACCUCAUUAAGUUAUUUGAUAGAUUUAAGUGAAUAGGUUAAGUCGAGUCCUGUUGGAAAAGAGCAGGACAGAAAAAGAGUUAGUUAAGUUUGGGCCUUCAGCUCUGUAACAUACAUUUAACAAUCCUACAUUACCUAAAUUUACCACCCACUUUUACAAUACAUACACAUAUAUGUACAUCAAGACGCUUUUGUACACAUUUUCACAUCUAAAGUUUCCGAAGUAAAUUAAUAUUUAUUAAAAAUUCAGUCUACAAGCCUCUCCCACUGUUAUUUAUGAGCUAUUUUUCAAAAAUGAACCAAGCAAACUGUUACAAUUGGUAGCCGAACCCUAUCUUCGGCACUUUUGUGUGAAAAAUUGUGUCGUUUAGUGCUACAUUUGGUAGUCGAACCCUAUUUUCGGUAUUUUCGUGUGUAAAACUGUGUCGUUUAGAACUACAAUUUGUAGUCGAACCUUAUCGUCGACACUUUCUUGUGAAAAACUGUGUCAUUUAGUGCUACAAUUGGUAUCAGAAACUUACCUUUCAUACUUUCUGGUGGAAACAAACUGUGUCGUUAAGUGCACCAAGUAGACCUUGUCGCAAAGGUGCGACGAACAAUUAAACGGAAGAACAAGUAAAGAAGAAAUAUUUUUCUCCUUGUGUGCACUCACUACCACUUGGCCAGCAACAUUCAUCAUGGACAAAAUGUGGGCGUUUUUCUCGUCGUGGGGAAAAAUCACUCCUCUUCCAAUUCAUGGGACACAACUCCGCAACGUGACGGCUCCGAAUUUCGCCACCCCCUUCCCUGUUUCCUGGGACAAUUUCACCGUCGCCAUGCUGUGGAUCGUGCCAAAUGUGGUAAUCUUGCUGCUGGUCUGGUGGUCUGGAGCUGUUUGAUCUUGCGAAAAAUGAAAAAGAGGUUCGGUGUCCCCAAUGUUCACAAUGCCUAGAAUGGAAACGAAAUCAAAACGACAAAAUGGUCUUUCUUCAGAAUCUUGGCAGAUUGACGCGGAUCUUUGGAAGCGUUGACACAUUGGAGUUUAUACUUAUUAAUUUUCACUUUGAGGAUAACACCUGGUAUCUACACUUUCUGUUGGGUUACAACGUAGGCAAAGUCGAUUAUAACAUUGUCCAGUCGAAAUCAGGAGAAUUUUUCUUGGUGAACAUAUUCUCUCACGGAGAACGUGUCCCCAUAAAAAUCACCCGCAGACGAGACAUAAUGACUAGUUACGAAAGCAUAAUGUUAGUUCUGGAGAAAGAAGGCCAGCGCCAAGCAAUCCAUGCUAAACUGGAGAUCCUCGGCAGAGCCGGUGAAAUAACUUAUUUCAACACAACAGAGUUUGGAGGUACGGUGCACAUGACUGAUAAGUUAUUGGCGUUUUCAGCAAAUGGGCCUAAGGGAGUGGUAGCAUCUACAGUGUUAGACCUAAUCAAUUCUAAGGGUUACGAAUUGAUUGACUUGAGGCUGCCUGCAACAACCAAGGACUUUUAUCCGAUUCUGGUUAAGAUCAAUCGGGCUGCGAAAAAUGCCGAAAUUAUUAGUUUCCAUAAAAACACUAAUAUAUCACCAGCCGCUCAAUUUGAGCUAUACUACCAAGGUAGUGUUAGUUUUAUUGAUUUUUUUUCAUUUUGAAAACAUUCAAAAUAGCGGCGUAUAUAUAUUUACAUUUCUAACAUAUUCAUCCCAUAUCAGAACAUACAGAAACUUGGUAAAUAUGUAAUAAUCGACAUCGAAAUUGACUUCUCAUAGGUUUUUCUUAAUAAUAUUUGUAAUAUUUGUAAUAUUUGUAAUGAAAAUUGUCGUAAAAUUAUCUAAUACUUUUUAUGCGACUUGCUUUGCUUAUGUAUCUUGAAUAUGCAUAUGGGAAGCUUAUAUACAAGUUAUGCUUUUAUAUUAAGCUUACAUAUAUACAAUACUUAUGCCCGAUGGAAUCGGUUAGGGAGUACCUAUGUAUCACUCUAGAUUUGAGUCAAAUAAUUUGACUUCGUACGACAAUAAAAUAAACCGAGGUUAGCGUCGCAAAAUAAUGAAGGGAGGUGCUUGCAUAAAUAAACAAUCUGGGAAGCUCGAAUAAAAUGAACGUUGUCACUCUGUCCACUGUCAAUAAAUACAAAUCAUGAGUUUUGUUUUAAAAAAAA